AUGGCGGCCUCCUCGCUGGGCUCGGCGUGGGGCUCAGCCUGGGGCCCGCUGCGGCUCCGCGUCCCUGGUGUGUGCCGCCGUCGGCCGCCCCAUGAUCUGUGCGUGCGCUCGCGGCGGCUGCCGGGCCUCUCGGUGUCGGGGCGCAGUGUAGCGGUGGCCAGCGGGCCGGGAGCAUCGGGCACUGACCUCUACUGCCUGGAGCUGCUCCGAAAACGAGAUUAUGAAGGCUAUUUAUGCUCCCUGCUGCUCCCUGCAGAAUCCCGGCGUGCUGCGUGUGCAUUGAGGGCCUUCAAUGUGGAACUGGCUCAGGUUAAGGAUUCAAUCUCUGAGAAAACAAUUGGACUGAUGCGAAUGCAGUUUUGGAAAAACACUGUGGAAGACAUUUACCGUGACAACCCUCCACAGCAGCCUGUGGCCAUUGAAUUGUGGAAGGCUGUCAAAACGCAUAAUCUGACUAAAAGAUGGCUUACGAGAAUCGUUGAUGAAAGAGAAAAGAAUUUGGAUGACAAAGCAUACCAUAAUAUCCAGGAACUGGAAACUUAUGCUGAAAAUACACAGAGCUCUCUUAUUUACUUAACACUAGAAAUAUUGGGCAUAAAGGAUGUUCAUGCAGAUCAUGCCGCGAGUCACAUUGGAAAAGCACAAGGCAUUGUCACUUGUUUGAGGGCAACUCCCUAUCAUGGCAGCAGAAGAAAGGUGUUCCUCCCCAUGGAUAUCUGUAUGCUGCAUGGUGUUUCACAAGAGGAUUUUCUACGGAGGAACAAAGACAAAAAUGUGAGAGACGUCAUAUAUGACAUUGCCAGCCAGGCCCACUUACAUCNNNUUCAGGCUAGGUCCUUCCACAAAAGCGUUCCUGUCAAAGCAUUUCCUGCUUUUCUUCAGACGGUUGCUCUAGAGGACUAUUUAAAGAAAAUUCAGCAAGUGGAUUUUGAUAUAUUCCACCCAAUUUUACAGCGAAAGAAUACAUUACUUCCGUUGUCUUUGUAUAUUCAAUCAUGGAGAAAAAGAUAUUAA